AUGGUUGAACCAGCGAAGCCUUUCGCCUGUACGUUGCCUGACUGCGGCAUGACAUUUACAAAUGAGGACCAUUUACAUGUACACACAAAAAAACACGAUAUGGUGUUAUCUUUGGGGAUGGAACAAAAAGCAGCAUUCGUCGCUGACCAGACACCCACACCGACUCGUUUCAUCAGGAACUGUGAGGAGGUGGGUCUCUUCCAGGACCUGCAGAAUGUCAACCCGUUUGAUGAGGGCUUCAAGAGGGCUAUGGAGGCGAAGCACGGAAUCCUCUCCCUGGAGAGUGCGCUCGCGUCCUCCUCGGACGAGCUCCACACUCCUCAGAUGGUGUUCCCCACCAUUGACGGAGACUCCGCCCUCUACAGCACCACGAAUAAUCAAAGGAACAUUACUAUAAGUCGCUCGUCAAGCGACGAAUCAGGUGCAGUAAAAGAAUUUGAAAGAACAACAAUAUCUAAGCUAACAAACGAAGUGACAACUAUUAGCAGAAUCGUGGGCAAAGCAGAAGAAAAAAUAGACGACAGAAAUAAAGAUAAUAACAUAAGGACAGACUCAGUGUCGUACACAACAAAUAAUGUAAUAAAAAUCAGUAACAUGGUACGAAAAGACAGCAUAGAAAAGAAUCCAGUACAAACUCUAAUAUACGAAGACACAGUCAUACACGAUAGCAAUGUUUUGUCGGAAAAAGUCCAAGAAGUACCCCCGAUUAUGAGCCAAAAGUCCCUAGAUUUCAUCGUUGAUAGUUUAAACAACGAUUUCGAGGACACUGCUAAGAAAAAAACGAAAAAUGACGCCGAAGAUUAUGAAGUUAUAAUCAAACUGCCGGGAGGGAAACAAGUGAAAAUGAGAGCCGUCGAAGAGAUAGAUAAAGACAGAGAGAAAGUGUCUACGAAGGAGAUUUUGAAAAAAGCUAUCACUGAAAAGGUUGAAUCUAAAAAAACUCCACCGAAAACGAAUGCCGUAAAUCUUAUUCCAGUUAGUAAUGUGCCUAUAGUACCUGGUACAUUCAUACCUAUAACGUUUGUGCCUCAAAUUAAUCAGAAAGUGCCUAUAACUCCAAUCAAUGUUGACAUAAAGAAGCCGGUCAAAAGAAAGGUCCGGUUCGAUAAAAGUGACAACGCUAAAGAUGCUGGAACGGUUUCAACUGAGAAAAGUGUUAGUAAUAAGAAGAAUAGUUGUCCUAAAGAUCUCGAUAGUCGGUCAGCUGCUUCAAGAAGAUAUAGGGCGCGUUUAAAAGAAACAUGGAUGCAACAAGCGCAAGAGAACGAAAGACUUAGGGAUAUGAAUGAGAAACUCACCGCGGAGAGGGAUGUACUGAAAACUGUGAUCUUAGAACAUUUGAAGAAAUGCCACGAUUCUAACGACUUGAAAAAUAUUUUGGAGAACCUCAAAAGUACAGGGACUACGUUACAAUAA